CAUGGAGGGAAUUGUGACAUCACCGGCCUGACGUCACUCCCAUAAUGCCCUACAGUCUGCGAGUUACUAUGGUUACUGAGACGCGGCUCCCACACAGGUAGUGUCCGGACAGGUAAAGGAUAAUGGCCGACCUUAAGAAGAACGGCGUGAGGAUACAGGUGGAAGAGAGGAGGAAUGGCAACGACGUGAGGAGCAAAGAGGACGAUGACGAAGGAGAGGACAAGAAGAAGCACGACAAUUUCUACAUGCGUGUCUAUGAUGAUGCAGUCGCGAAGAAAACAGCCAUUGAUAACACGAUUAUUGAGCAGACAUGUGAAGUCGGUGACGGGCGUGUGGGCAGCCUGGCGCGGGUGAUGGGCGGGCCCGGGCAAGGGGCGGCUUCUCACCACGCCGCCCACGCCACGGCCCUUCAGACAAUCCAUCUGCAGCGCCAGCACGCCCAGAAGCGCUACUCCUCCCUCGUGAACGCCAUCCUCUCCCACGAGAAGGAUAUCAAGGCCCAGGAGGAGAGGAAGCGAGAGAGCGAGCUACUGCUUGAGCGGGAGGCGGCGGAGUGUGGUUUGCAGCAGGAGGAGGUGGCCAGGCUGCAGCGGCUGAUUCACGCCACCAGCAGCAUCACAGCCGCCACCACUGCCAAGGUCGCCACGUACUCCACAUACAAGGAGUACGUAGAGAGAAGCGUCGCCACCUUCGGGAGUGAGGCGGCUACUGUAGAGGGCGUGUGUGGCCGCUUCCGGGACCUGCUCACCCUCAGACUGCAGCUUCUACUCAAGGUCAACCUCGCAUUCCGCCAGCUGCACCACGCCCGCCGGGAGCUCCUCGUCUUCGUCCAAAGCGAGAAGGAGCGGGAGGGAGAGGCGCUGCUGAAACUUUACCGAGAACGUGCUGCCAGCUGGACCUCCUCUCGCAACCUGAGUGAAAUGGAGGCCCGCCUUGCCGCGCUCCAGACUGCCUCCACACACACCCACACACACCUCACCCGCGUGCGGCUGGCCCUCGUUAACAUCUACAGCGUGGCGCGAGCGUACCAACACUCCCUCCCUCCCCUGGGGCCCAAGGCAGCCACUGGGACCGUCUUGAAAAGGCUGCAUAACUUUCUAUUAGAUGCUAUGACUGUUACCACCACCGCUCGCGCAGCCACGCAUCCAGCUUCCCUCAGACCCAGCGCCUCUAGCAUACCCGCGGGGAGAGGCAGCGCGCCUCCUAAGAAGGAUAUCAAGGAAAGCAAGGAUUCUAAGGAUACUCAAGCAGCAAGGACUGAAGCAGAGGAAGGGAAGGACUCAGCAGGGCCCCGUAGAAGUAGCGGUAGGAGGCAAGGGAGGCUAACACGAGAGGGAAGCAGGAAGACAAUGAAGGUGGAGACGCCAGGAGAGGGUGGGGACAAGAGCGAGGGGAGUGAGAAGGGACAGACGCCCAGGGGAUCAGUGAAUGAGGGUGUGAAUGUUGACAAGUCGUGAUGAGAGAGAGAGAGAGAGAGAGAGAGAGAGAGAGAGAGAGAGAGAGAGAGAGAGAGAGAGAGAGAGAGAGAGAGAGAGAGAGAGAGAGAGAGAGAGAGAGAUAGAGAGAUAUCGAAAUAAAUAUAGCAA